CUUCAACUCUCGCCUCCUUCGGCUUCUGUUUUUUAAGCGCUACGCCCUUACCCUUCCCUCUCAACUCGUCUGUUCUCUCUCUCUCUCUCUCUCUCUCUCUCUCUUUCUGUAAAGAUUGAUUUUUUUUUUCUUUUCUUGAUCUAUCAAAAGCAAAUCAUCAUCAUCGACGAUGGCUGAGGAGACCCAGAAGCCGGCAGCACCUGCACCUGAGGCUCGUUCAACUGAGGAAGUAGUUGUGGAGAAGCCCGUUACUGAGAAAGAGCCUCCACCGGCUCCUGAACCGGAACCUGAGGCACCGGAAAAGCCUGCACCUGUUGUUGAAGAGGAGGUCGCUGUUGAAGCUGACAAACCUAAGGAAACUAAGGAAGUGAAAAUUACCCAAUCGGUUUCUUUUAAGGAAGAGACUAAUGUUGUUGGUGAACUCCCUGACGCUCAAAAGAAAGCCCUUGAUGAGUUGAAACAGCAUAUCCAAGAAGCUCUUAAUAAGCAUCAGUUCACUGCUCCCCCGCCGCCGCCACCUGCUAAAGAGGAGGAGAAGCCGGCUGAGCCUGAAAAAGCUGAGGAGAAGGUGGAGGAGAAAGUUGAAGUGAAGGAGGAAGAAAAGGUUGAAGUCAAGGAAGAAGAGAAAACUCCUGAUGUUCCAUCUACGAGUGAAGAGGCCAAAACUGAAGAACCUAAACCCGCCGAGGCUGAGACUGUAACCCCACCACCCCAACCGCCAGUGGAAGCGAAAGAGGAAGAGAAGGUUGAAGUGAAAGAAGAGGAGAAGGUGGAAGUAAAAGAAGAAAAGAAGGAUGAGCCAGUGGCGGAAGCUGUUGUGGUCGCUGAAGAGGUGGUGGCGAAGGUGACUACUGUUGAUGAGGAUGGAGCCAAGACAGUAGAGGCAAUUGAGGAGACCGUAAUAGCGGUUUCUUCGACUCCUCCUGCUGCAGAGGAGUCAGCCCCCGCUAAAGAAGUUGAGGCUGCUCCAGUAGAGGAACCCAAAGCUGAGGAAACCCCCGCUCCUCCUCCGCCACCUCCGGAGGAAGUUUUCAUCUGGGGAAUUCCACUUCUUGGAGAUGAGAAGAGUGAUGUGAUCCUCCUGAAAUUCCUGAGAGCCAGGGAUUUCAAGGUUAAGGAUGCCUUCACUAUGAUCAAGAAUACUGUGCGCUGGAGAAAGGAGUUUGGAAUUGAUGCUCUGCUUGAAGAAGACCUUGGAAAUGAAUUAGAGAAAGCUGUGUUUAUGCACGGAUUUGACAAAGAAGGUCACCCUGUGUGCUACAAUGUUUUUGGUGCUUUUCAGGAUAAGGAGCUGUACCAAAAUUGCUUUGCUGACGAGGAGAAGCGUGUGAAGUUCCUGCGAUGGAGGAUUCAAUUCUUGGAGAAGAGCAUCAGGAAGCUUGAUUUCAGUCCCAAUGGUGUCUGCACUAUUGUACAGGUCAACGAUCUCAAGAAUUCUCCUGGGCCUGCUAAGAGGGAGCUCAGGCAGGCCACCAAUCAAGCCCUUGCCUUGCUUCAAGAUAACUAUCCUGAAUUUGUUGCCAAACAGGUGUUCAUCAAUGUUCCAUGGUGGUACCUUGCAUUCAAUAGGAUGAUUAGUCCUUUCCUGACACAGAGGACCAAGAGCAAGUUUGUUUUCGCUGGUCCAUCCAAAUCUGCCGAGACCCUUUUCAAAUACGUAGCUCCUGAGCAAGUGCCAGUUCAGUAUGGUGGACUAAGCAGGGAAGGUGAACAAGAAUUCACUGUUGCUGAUUCUGUCACAGAGCUUAUAAUUAAGCCUACAACCAAACAUACCGUUGAAUUCUUAUUUUCUGAGAGGUGCCUUCUGGUUUGGGAACUCCGAGUUGUGGGUUGGGAUGUGAGCUAUGGAGCUGAGUUCGUACCUAGUGCAGAGGAUGGUUACACUGUUAUUGUAUCAAAAACCAGGAAGGUUAGUCCAACUGAUGAACCUAUAAUUGGUGAAACCUUCAAGAUUAGUGAAUCUGGCAAGGUAGUUCUUACCAUUGAUAACCAAACCUCCAAGAAGAAGAAGCUUCUCUAUAGGUCCAAGAGCAAACCCUUAUCUGAAUGAGCUUCAACAACAAUCUAAUGCCAUUGUGGGGUUUCAGUUUCCAAUCAAUUAAAAGACAUGGAAUGGAAUUGCAGAAAUAAGAAAAGUCUUUUGUCAUUUAAAACAGGGGUUUUUUGUUUUAUUGUUUUUUCUGUUCAAAUUUGAUAUUUGUUCUAUAAAGUGGAGCAUUUAUUUAUAUUUAUUUAUUUAUUUUUUUUCUUUUGUGGGGGUUGUUAUUUGGUGUUGGAUUGGAUACAAUUACUGGUAAAGAACAAUCUGGGAUUGCAAUGGAGGUACACAUUUCAGGUUUUAUUAUGUAUUGUUGAAUAUAAAUGUACGAGUCUCCUCUGUGAACAGUGUUUCUGCUAUCAUUCUUCAUACUCAUGCCUGUAAAAUUUGUGUAAAUUUGAAGUGUAAAGCUUUUCUAUUCUACUUAUCUAUAGAUUAAUUUUGUCA